CUGCUCUGCCCAACCGCUGUGACACAAACAAAUCACCCAACGAGUCGCACCCUAUCAUGUCAAGCCACGAGAAACUGAAAGUUCAUGUCAGCGGGCCUAUACGUCCCACACCUCUCACGCCUCCACCUGCCGCCACUGCCAUCCCACCCAAACCCGCCGUCACCGACUUCACAUACGAAGACUACAAACGUGCGGGUCUCAACACCUCUGAACAACACAAUCUGAUCGGACAAAUCCGGAAUGAGACUCCACAGAUUGAACGCGAUAUGGUGGAUAGUUGGUUGCUCGGAAAGCUCGCCAAGCAGCUUGAAAUUGCCAUCUUCCCGACAUGCAAGAUGAUGCACAUCGAUCCCGCAGCAGUGAAGCGCAUGUUGGAUGAGCAGUUUCGGAAGGCGUAUGGGGUGGAAGUGGAGGCCGAGGUUAUGGCGAAGAGUGGGGUGGAGAACGCGGGAGAGGAAGUUGGACUGGAUGUGGAUGGAAACAAUGUUUUCGAUGGGGUUCAGGAGGUGGAUGAGGAGGAAGUUGUCGAACGUCCAAGCAAGAAGGCGAAGGUGGCAGCACCCAGUGAAGUUCAGAAGGCAGUCAAGGCGUACCGGGCUCGUCGCAAGAAGGCUCGUAAGGGUUGUGUAAUAGCCACAUUACACUCCAAGAGUGCUUCGGAGAAGUGGGACAUGCUGAAUGGUGGGCGUUGA